AUGGCCCCCGUUCUCAAGAAGUACAAGGCUGCCGCCGUCAACGCCGAGCCCGGCUGGUUCAACCUGGAGGAGUCGACUCGUCGGACCAUCCACUGGAUCAACGAGGCCGGCAAGGCAGGCUGCAAGUUCAUCGCCUUCCCUGAGCUCUGGAUCCCCGGCUACCCCUACUGGAUGUGGAAGGUGACCUACCAGGAGAGCCUGCCCCUGCUCAAGAAGUAUCGGGAGAACAGUCUGGCGUCGGACUCGGAGGAGAUGCGGCGGAUCCGCGAGGCGGCGCGGGCCAACAAGAUCUUCGUCUCGCUGGGCUACUCGGAGCUGGACCUGGCCAGCCUGUACACGACGCAGGUGAUGAUCUCGCCCGCGGGCGAGAUCAUCAACCACCGCCGCAAGAUCCGCGCCACCCACGUCGAGCGCCUGGUCUUCGGCGACGGCACCGGCGACACCACCGAGUCGGUCAUGCAGACCGAGAUCGGCCGCCUCGGCCACCUCAACUGCUGGGAGAACAUGAACCCCUUCAUGAAGGCCUACGCCGCCUCGCUGGGCGAGCAGGUCCACGUCGCCGCCUGGCCCCUCUACCCCGGUCGCGAGACCCUCAAGUACCCCGACCCGGCCACCAACAUCGCCGAGUCCAACUGUGAUAUCGUCACCCCCGCCUACGCCAUCGAGACCGGCACCUACACCCUCGCCCCCUGGCAGACCAUCACCGCCGAGGGCGUCAAGCUCAACACCCCCCCGGGCAAGGAGCUCGACGACCCCAAGAUCUACAACGGCCACGGCCGCAUCUUCGGCCCCGACGGCCAGAACCUCGUGCCCCACCCUAGCACCGACUUCGAGGGGCUUCUGUUCGUCGAUAAUUCCCAGACUAACCCAAAGGUUCAGAUCGACCUCGACGAAUGCCACCUGUCCAAGUCUCUUGCUGACUUCGGCGGCCACUACAUGCGCCCCGAUCUGAUCCGCCUGCUGGUGGACACCAACCGCAAGGAUCUGGUGGUGCGCGAGGACCGUAUCAACGGUGGGGUCGAGUACACCCGCACCGUCGAUCGGGUCGGAUUGUCCACCCCGCUGGAUGCCCCUGCCCCUGCUGAGGAGAACUAG